GGGAACUACGUGAAAGACCUGAGUCGCCUGGGACGGGAGCUGAGCAAAGUGAUCAUCGUGGACAAUUCUCCGGCCUCGUACAUCUUCCACCCUGAGAACGCAGAUGGACAUCGGGAGCCUUCCAGACAUCGAGAGCCACAGGGACCUCCACAUCUGGAUCAUUGAGAACCUGAAGUUGGUGCCCGUGCCCGAGGAGGCUUAUGGGAACUUCUUUGAGGAACACUGCUACGUCGUCCUCCACGUCCCCCAGAGCCUGAGGGCCACACAGGGGACACCCAAGGACCUGCACUACUGGAUCGGAAAGAAGGCAGACGCAGAGGCGCAGGGCGCGGCGGGCACCUUCGUGCAGCACCUCCAGGAGACCCUGGGUAACGCCACCGUGCAGCACCGCGAGGUGCAGGCCCACGAAUCCGACUGUUUCUGCAGUUACUUCCGCCCAGGGGGUCAUGUGAACUACAGGAAGGGAGGCCUAGCCUCUGCCCUCAAGCAUGUGGAGACCAACAUGUGCAACAUCCGGCGACUGCUGCGCAUCAAAGGGAGGAAGCACGUAUCAGCCACUGAGGUGCAGCUCUCCUGGGAAAGCUUUAAUAAGGACGACAUCUUCCUGCUGGACCUGGGCAAGGUGAUGAUCCAGUGGAACGGGCCCAAGAGCAGCAUUUCCGAGAAGGCACGGGCCCUGGCCCUGACCUGCAGCCUCCAGGACAGGGAGCGUGCUGGUCGUGCCCAGAUUGGUGUGGUGGAAAAUGAGGCCAAAGCCUCUGGCCUCAUGGAGAUCAUGGAAACUGUGCUGGGCCGCAGACUGGGCAGCCUGUACGCCGCCAUUCCCAGCAGAAGCAUUAACCAGCUGCAGAAGGCCCGCGUCCACCUCUACCAUAUCUACCAGAAGGAUAAGGACCUGGUGAUCCAGGAGUUGGCGACCCGCCUACUGACCCAAGACCUUCUGCAUGAGGAGGAGUGCUACAUCCUGGACCAUGGGGGUUGUAAGAUCUACCUGUGGCAGGGACGCAGGUCCAACCACCAGGAGAAGACCAUUUCCUUCAGCCAGGCUCAGGGCUUCAUCCAGGCCAAGGGCUACCCCACCUACACCAACGUGGAGGUGCUGAACCAGGGCGCCGAGUCCGCCGCCUUCAAGCAGCUCUUCCGGACCUGGUCUGAGGAGCAGCCCAGGAGCAAGAACCUGGGACUGAUCCGUAAAUUGAAUCAGGUAAAGCUGGACGUGGUCAAGCUGCACAGCCAACCUGAGCUAGCCGCCCAACUCAGGAUGGUGGAUGACGGCUCUGGGAAGGUGGAGGUGUGGUGCAUCCAGGACUUAGGCAGGCAACCUGUGGACCCCAAGCUCCAUGGACAGCUUUGUGCAGGCAACUGCUACCUUGUCCUCUACACAUACCAGAGGAUGGGGCACAUCCAGUACAUCCUGUACCUGUGGCAGGGCCACCAGGCCACCAAACAGGAGAUAGCGGCUCUGAACGGCAACGCCGAGGAGCUGGACCUCAUGUACCAUGGAGCCCUGGUGCAAGUGCACGUGACCAUGGGCAACGAGCCCCCCCACUUCUUUGCCAUCUUCCAGGGCCAGAUGGUGGUCUUCCAGGGGAGCACCCAGCACAGUGGGAAGGGGCAGCCAGCACCCGCCACGAGGCUGUUCCACGUGCAAGGCACCGACAACUACAACAGCAGGACCAUGGAGGUGCCGGCCCGGGCCUCCGCCCUCAACUCCAGUGACAUCUUCUUGCUGGACACAGCCAGCAUCUGCUACGUCUGGUUUGGGAAGGGAUGCAGCGGGGACCAGCGUGAGAUGGCGCGGAGGGUGGUCACCAUCAUCUCUGAGAACGAGGAGGACAAGGAAACAGUGCUGGAGGGUCGGGAGCCUCCCCACUUCUGGGAGGCCCUGGGAGGCCGGGCCCCCUACCCCAGCAACAAGAGCCUCCCCGAGGACGUCUCCGGCUUCCAGCCACGGCUAUUUGAGUGCUCCAGCCAGCAUGACCACCUGGUCCUCAUGGAAGUGGUGUUCUUCAGCCAGGAGGACCUGGACAAGUACGAUGUCAUGUUACUAGACGCCUGGCAAGAGAUCUUCCUGUGGCUCGGGGAAGCAGCGACCAGGCAGAAGGAGCAGGCGGUGGCCUGGGGCCAGGAGUACCUGAAGACCCACCCGGCGGGGCGGAGCCCGGCCACGCCCAUCGUGCUGGUCAAGCAGGGCCAUGAGCCCCCCACUUUCACUGGAUGGUUCCUCACCUGGGACCCCUACAAGUGGACCGAGAGUGAGAACAACCAGUCCUACAGGGAGUUGGUGGAGGGCAGCCUGGAAGUAGUGUCUGCUGUCGCUGAGAUCACAGUAAAUUCUGGGCUCAGGGGACACCCUUCCCUGGGUCUCCCUCCCCCGCCCCCACAGUUCUAUCUCUCGGACUCUGAGUUCAAAGACGUCUUUGGGAAGUCCAAGGAGGAGUUCUACAGCAUGGCCAAGUGGAAGCAGCAGCAGGAGAAAAAGCAGCUCGGCUUCUUCUGAACCCGGGCCCUGCUGCCGCCAGUGCCCGCACAGGGCUGAGCCCCGCGGGGAACUCCCCGGAGCAACCUGAGCCCCCGUCCCCAUCAAUAAAAGCUUGUGGCCCUCA